AUGGAAAAAUAUCCUUCAUCUCCUUAUAAAAGUUUUUGCAACUUCUCAGAAAUUCCUGAGAGCAAGCUGCAAUUAUAUAAGACUGAAAUUGGCAAAACUUUGGAUUCUUUAGAAAACGAAUAUCAGAAUUUUCAUAGAAGAGCUUUAUCAGGGUCUUGUAAAGAAAAUCCAAGACUUAGAUGAGAGUUAAACAAACUUUUGGCAGAAAAUAAAGAAAAAGCUGAAAGAAUUAAAAAAUUGAAAAAUAAAAUUAAAAGUCUCAAAAAAUCAAACAGCAUUUUCGUUAUCGAUCAUGAAAACGAGCAAGAAAAAAAACAAAUCGAAGAUUUAAAUAAAAAAAUCAUAAAUAUAGACAAAGCCAGCCAAGAUGAAGAAGAAAAAAGCUUAAUGUACGAAAGAAUGAUAAACAAAACCCAAAAAAAAUUAAAAAUAUUCCAAGAAAAAGCGCACAAUUCUAUAUGUGAAUAUAAAGACGCUAACUUAAAACUUGAAGAAUGCAGUAGACUAAAGCACUUUUCUCUAUUUGAGCUUAAAAAGGUUAACGAUGAAAUAAAAGAAUUAAGCGAAAAACAUCAUGAAAAAACCAGAAAAUUCAAUAACGCUUAUGAAAUUAAAUUGAAUUUAAGAGAUUCAGUCAGAAAUCAUAUACAGCAGGCAGUUAUGGCAAUUACUCAUGCAGAAAUCCAAAAACUUGAGACUUCUAAACACUAUGAUCAUUAUUUAUUUCAACUACUAGGAGAAGAGCAAGACCACAAAUCCAGAGCUAAUAAAUCUUCGAAAAUAAAAGAAGAUAUGCAAAACUUCUCCACACAGUUUUCCGUUAUUUUGAAGUAAUUUCUAAUAAGGAUUUUAAAAGAAAGAUGAAAUUCGUCGCUGAAUAUUAAUGAAGGAGUUACUGAUAUUAUAAUUAAAAAUAUAUCAGAAUUUAUGACACAUAUAGAUUAUAGGGAAUUUUUUUUUUUUUUGUUUGAAAAAUCAUGGAAAGGCUUUAGAAAGGAUAUUAAAUGGUGAAAGCAAAAGAGAGAAAGGUUUAUAUAAGCUCAGAAGACAACAUGCUAAAAGAGCAGUAUUUCUCGUUAAUUAAGACUGUAAAUUAUAAUUAGCAACAACAAAAAGAAAAAGAAUGCGAAGAAAUGCAGCACGAACUCAAAUUGCUAAAAAUUCCAAAAAACAAAAGAGAAUUUGUUGAAGAGCCUAAUAUAAAAGUCUCAAUGGACGCAGAAAAAGUAGAAAAUUAUGAUAAUUUGUGCAUUUUAAUGUAUUAUAAAACAAUUGAUAUCUUCAUAGGAUUAAUCAAUGUUUUAAAAAGAAUUCAAGGAAUGUCAAAAGACAUUUAUGUUGACGAAAAUAUAAAUCGGCUACAAAUAGCAUUACAAAAGCUAAAUAAAGGGUUUUUUAAAGGUGAACAAAACGGCGCAGGCAAACAGUUAUUGAGUAUAAGAACCCCAAAAACUCCUGUCUUAACAAUUUCCCACGAAAGUUUAUUUUUGCAAUCUGAUGACAUUUUCCAAUACACUGCUUUAUCCAAAAAACAAAUAAAAAAUUACUUUAGUGAUUUUGCGAGCCAAACAAAAUUUCUCAGCCUUUUUGAGCAAUGCAAAAUCGUUAAACUUGUAUGUGACAAUAAAAUGCUUGAAUCAUUUUUAUCACGGUUUAAAGUAGCUGAUUUUUCAAGUUUAAUUGCAGAAUCUCAUUAUAUUCUGCAAAAAUAUUUUUUAAAAUGUGUGGAAUUGGGGAGAAACUUAAUAGAAAUUAUAAGUAAUAGACAAGAAAAAACUGAGGAUCAGGAUGAGCUAUUAAAAGCUCAAAUGACAUUAUCGCCUGAAAUAUCAGAUUCUACUAAAGAUAUAGCGCAUAGUCUCUUUUAGAUUUCUUAAAGAAAUGAUCCUCAAAAAUUAUUUUCAAAAUGGAUUUUUUUUUAUUUUAAUUUGGUCCUUAGUAUAGCGGUAUUUUCAAAUUUUCCUAUAGGAAUCUAAAAGAGAGCUCUUACUAUACAGUGUCAAGAGAUAUUAGUAAAGUUGGGAAUACAAUAAUGAGGAUGAGAAGAAUGUCUCAAAGCUAUAGAGUAAUUCCAAAAAUGGAUAAAGAUGAAAGGACAACUGAUAUAUCGACACCUGGGUCUAAAAGAAGUAAACAUACAUCAUCAAUGUCUAUGAGCAUAAAACCAAAAACACCACAAACAGCAUUUUCUCCUAUGACCCCACGAUCUCUUCAAAAAAAGAUAAUUUCGAUAAAGCAGACAGAAAAAAGUAUACAAAAUAAUAAAAAACUCUCAGGGGAAAUUUCACCGAAAACUCCUGUGUCUUCAAAGAGCUUUACUUCAAAAACUAAAAAUUUUAAUUAUACAUUUAAAUAAACAAAUAUAAACGUGCUUAAGCAGCGAGCAAAAAAUUAUUUGGCUGACCAAAUUUGAAAACUUUGCUAUUUUUUGCUUUUUUUUUAAAAAAACGGUAUGCUUUUAUCCUCCAAAAUGAUUUUAGUCUGUUAAAUACUCAAUAA